AUGAGGCACAAGACUUUUGCCGUUUGCCCUCCAUCACGAUCAGUACUGACAUCUUCUGUCGAUCAUAAUUGUGCACUAAUCCUCUCGCCGUUCAUUGCCGUAUUUGUUGAAUCUUCUUCACUUUUCACUUCUUCCGAAGUGGUGAAAGAAUUCUUUAAUGGACUUGGCUGGCUUAUUCGUUCAAUUUGUUUGUUGUCUUUAAUUCGUCAAUUCGUUCAGCCUUUCGAAACGCUUGCUUGUAGUAUUCUCAACUCAAAUGCUGCUAUAUCAGUUUAUGAGAGAAGAACAACAUGGGAAAGGAAAAUGAAAAUUUGUUAUGGGAUGUUUUAA